AAACUUAACACAUGCUUUGACUAGAAGUUGAACAAAUGAUUCCACUGCCGGCCAAUUCAAGUAAGUGCAUUGAUACAGAAAUUGCAAAGGCAGGAGAUAAUUCAAACAACAAAAUCAGCAGUAAUAUUGACAACCUAAAGGAUGCAGAAACAAUACGUGAUGCAGUUGAUGGCAUGCAAGAGAAAGUUUGCAGUUCUAUAAGCAAAGAAGCAGCGCAUGAGCUCACCAACAUUAAUGAGAACAUAGGAACUGGAAUGGAAGCAACUGAUGACCUAGGAACAAUCUCAGAUUCUGUCCCUGAGGAGCAGAACAAUGAGAGUAUCUUUUCUGCAUUGAACAUCAAAACUGAAAACAUACCAGAUGUUGACACUGUUGAUAACAAGAUAUCAGAAAAGGUGGAUUUGCAUGAACAUGCGGAAAAUGCAGAGAUAAAUUUUGAGGCAAAUUUCAGUAAAAAUCAUGCUGAUACUUCUGACAUUCAUAUACCGAUGUCACAACCGAUGGUUGACAAUGUCAGUGGGCAUAAUGAAGAAUCUUCUCAGAAAUAUGAAGAAGAAAAACAUGAAAAUACCAAUACCGGCCUAGCACGAGAUGCUGAUUUUCAUGAGGACGAGGUAGAAUGCAUUGAAAAGCAUGAAAUCAUGUCAGAAUUGAUUCAUGAGGAACAGAAUCAAGAGGCAACUGGUGAACCAGAAACUCCUGAGGUUGAGAAGAGAGCCUAUGAUGAAAAGACUGGUCCUGUAUCAAACUCUGAAAAUUUGAUUGAGGCCAGCGUGCAGAAAGGCGAAACAUCUAUUUUAAAUGUUGAAGAAACUGAAAAUGCACAUAUCAUGUCAGAAGAAAUACCCGAGAAGCAAGAUCAAAAGACCAAUGAAACAGAAACUACUGAGGUUGAGAAGAGAGUCUGUGAUGAAAUAUCUGAAUCUCUAUCAAGCUCUGAAAACUUGACUGCAGACAACAUGCAGAAAAAUGAGUCCCCCAUGUUAGAUGUUGACGAACAUGAUAAUGAAUCAAGUGAAGCGAAUGACAUCUUGGAAAAUAAAUUAUCUGAUGAUGACAAGACCACUAAUGUUUCAAUAUCAGGGCCAAGCGCGGAGGAGAAAGUUGUAAGUUCAGUUUUUGAGGAAGAAGGAACUACAAAAUUAGGUAUAUGUUUAAAUCAGAGUGAAGUAGAAACAGAAACCAUAAGUUUGGAUGAUAAUAAAGAUGAGAUCAUACCAAAGGAUGAAGAAACUUUGUAUCAAACUUCUGAUUCUAGUACAGUAGCCGAGAACCUUGGCACGCCCAUCAAUGCUGAGAGUAGAAACUUGACAAUAAAUGAGGGAGGAGGAAGUGAUGCUACAGAUAUUGUAAAUGUUGAACCAAAGAUGGUUGACGAGGGCUGUGAAGACAAUGAGGAGAAGAAGUUUGAGGAAGCAGCAACCAAAAGUGAUGACAGAGAUCAAUACAGUGAAAUCAACAAAUCAACAGUCACGACCAAGGAUGCAGAUUCACAUGAACAGAUAAAAGAUUCCAAUUUCCCAAACGAUGGAUGUGAUGUUGCAAGAAAAGCAGACACUGAAACUGAAAAAAUCAGUUCAGCAGAAGCAGAAACUGAACCCGUAUUAGAAGAGGACAAAAUUGUCAUUACUCCACACGGUGAUAUUGAAGAUACCACCAUUAAUGACGAGGAAGAAACAGAAACGAAGCUAGACACUUUCCAUCCUUUGAGUAUCAUGGUUAAUCAAGAAGAUUUUCGAAACCAGAAGGGUAACCAGUUGGAAUUAGAAAAGGAAUCAAAUGUUUCAACAAGGGAUAUGAUCACAAAUACAGAGGGAAAAUAUUAUUUGGCAUCUAAAGAGCAAAGCUUGGAAACAAUUGGAGAGAUAGACAUUACCAAAACAAAGGCAGCAGAAGAUGAAAGUAAGGAGCUAGAAAAAAGUUCAAGCAAUGUUGCUGAUGAUUCACUGGCUGAAGAGGAGACCAAACAGGAAGUGGAAAAGCAGGACAUGUCCCCUGAUCUUUCAGACAAAACACAAGUGCCUGAAAGCACUGACAGAGACGUUGGCAUGGAUCUUGACCUUCUCAAGGGAAAUAAUGAAAGUCUUGGCCAGCUCGAGAACCUUGCCACAUUAGAGUCUGAAGAUCAAAGUGACAAGCAUAUCACAGAAAUUGAAAUUAUUAAGAGUGAUAUAGCAGAAGGCGUAUUACCCGCAGCACAAGACUCUACCAAAGACGAGAUAGGUGAAAGAUAUACUUUGCCAGAGGAGAACAACAAAGGCCAUGACAUGAGUGAAACUGAAUUUGCACCACUAGAGGAAGCUGAAACUGUCGAGGAAGCAGUGUUUGCAGCAAGCAUGCAACCACAAGACAUUUUGGAUGAUAAAAUAAAUGAAGAUAAUGGACUUGAGAGUGAAGAGCAUGUGGAAGAUGCAGAGACUGACAAGAACCAAGAAAAAGCCAUGGCAGAAGACGAAGUUUGUCUCAGGAUAGAGAAUGAUAACCAAGAAAGUACACCAGUUAGUGUUUCUGAUGCUGCAGAGACUGCAAAGGAAGAGGAUGCUGAGACAGUUAUAACCAAGGAGAUUGAUAAUAAAGAUGCAACACAUAAAGAGAGCCCAGGUAGCAAAAUUGAUGAUCUAUCCAUUAACCAUGAUGUAGAGGAAGAAUAUUUGAAAGGAGAAGCAUCAAGUCCUCACUCAAAAGUGGAUAACAUGGAAUCUGUGACUCUUGAGGAGUCUGAAGAAACAUCUGACAGCAUUACUAAAGAAAUUGGAGAAAUUGAAUCACUGGAAGAUGUUUCAAUUAAAAAUGCCAAAGAGCACAUUCAGCUUGAAGAACAAUUAGACAAGUUAUCUGAAAGAUCAGAGGCAGCCAAUUCAAUUGGAGAAAUUGAGAAAGAAAUGAUAAAGAAAGGUGAUUCAAAUGAAGUUCAUGACAUUGCCUGUCAGAAAGAUGAAAGAGCUAUCAAACACAUGGAAACUGGAACUGCGACCCAAGAUACAUCGCUAGUAAAAAACCCAGAAAGUGAGGUUAAAGAGCCUGACACUGUCAGUGUAUCAUCAACAAGCAAAGAGAAGCCAGAGAAUGAUCUUGCAAUUUCAUCAUCGAAAGAAGAAUCAGCAGUAGAAACUGUGGUGCCAGAACCAGACUUUGCAACUGAAAAGACAAAUAGAGCAAAAGGCUCAAUUGAAUCAGCCGCUGUCAGUGAGACUAUUAUUGACAAUGUCAGUACUGAUGGCAAUAAUGUGGCAGAUGAAGGCAUUGCAAAUGGCGGCAUUCCAGGCAUUCCAGAACUUGCACAGGCGUCAACAGAAGACACCAUAGACACAGAGAUCAAAAUAAAGGUGGCAGAAAAAGAAGCAAUAGCUGAAAAAGGAAGCACUUCAGCUAAUGAUACUGAGGAUAAGGAUUCACCAGUUUCAUCUUCCUUCACACAAGAAACACAAGUGGCACUUCCAAGAGAUGCAAAUGAAGUUGUUGAAGAUAAUGCUAAGAGAAGCCAUGGAGUUGAAGAAUCUGAUAAUUCACAACAUGAAGAAAGCCUUCAGUCAGAUCCUGCUGAUCUGCCUGUGUCACGAUUUUUGAUGGACCACAUCUUGCACCAAGGUGAUGUGCCUGAUGAAGUUGGUAAUGUUGAAUCUAAGAAUAACAUCGAAGAAGAGACCACUAGUGACAAGCUCAUGACUAUCAGCAUCCAAGAACAGGAAACUUUCAUGGAUCAACUGUCAGCUGAGUUGGUGCCCAAUGAAAACAAAGAUAUGGAGAAACUAGAGGACACUAUUUUGCAACAAGACAAUAUGCCUGUGGAUGUCUGUGAUGUAGAGGCUGACAAUGAAAUCAACCAGAAGCACACCACUGAUGAACAAAUGGGCACCGACAUACAGGAAAAAGAAGCCAUUAUGGAUUCAGUAUCUGCUCAACAGAUGCCUGAAGAGAAAAGCACAUCAGAAGACAGAGAUCAGGAGAAACCAGGAGACCACAUCUUGGAAGAACGUAUUGCGCCUGAUGAUGUCUGUGAUUUGAAGGCUGAGAAUAUAAUCACAGAAGAGAACAAUAAUGGCAAGAAUGAGGGUAUAAUCAUCAAAGAAGAGGAAGUAAACAUGAGUCCAUUGUCUGCUAAAGAGAUUCCCAAAGAUGAAUAUACGGAUCAAGUAGAAGUUGUUUCUGAUGUAACUAAUGAAGAACAGAACCAUGAAACAAAGGCAGAUGAUGAAAAGCCAAUAGCAAAAGAUGAUGAAAGUUUGCAUAGCAAUAUUUGCUUGUCAUCCACAACAACAACAAGUGAACCGGUUGAAAUAGAAGUUCCCGGUUCAUUGGCAGGAGAAUCUGCUAGCGUUGUCAUGGAUGAUUACAAGGGGGUAACACCCAUGGAUCAAGGUGACCUUGGCAGAGACGCAGGUGCUGAAGAGUUCACUGGUCGCACUUCAGUACAGGAUGAGAAAAUUACUGCAUCUCCUACUGAGACUGAGAUCAGAGAAAACUUAACACAAAAGGAUAACUAUUCACCUUCGACCAAUGUUUCUAAUGUGAGUAUACCACGAGAUGGCGAAAACACAAGAACUUUUGACAAUGUGGAACAGAUUGAAAAAGAUGCCCAUUCAAUAUCUGAGGAGCGGAUAACUUCAGCUAUAUCAGAAUUACUUGGGAGCUCCACUACUGUGGUUAGAAGGGAAGAACCUCAAACACACACAAAAUACGAAGAGACUAAGUUGGAAACAACAAAAAUUACAGAAACAAGCCAAGCUCAAGUAACUGAAAACCAAAUUCGGAACAAUGACUCACUUGAAGAGCCCGAAGAAUCCACCUUAGAAAAGGUCCAACUUUUUGAUCUCCUGCAACUCUCAAGAAACCAAACCACACAAACGACAACUCCAGCAGUCACCAAAGAGAGAGAACAAGCAGAAGAAGCAACAUACACCAAAGUGAAAGAAGAGAAAACCAAUGAAGAGAAAGAUGAAAAGGUAGAAGGAGUAAUAGAAGAAGCAGAAGAAGAGCAUACAACUGAUAACAAUGCAGCAGUGAUUGUGGAAGCAAGAGAAGCAGAAUUGAAACCAGCACACAAGAAAUCACACAACAUCUUAUCAGGUGUGGGAUCAAAGGUUAAACACUCAAUUGCAAAGGUGAAGAAAGCCAUCACAGGUAAGUCUUCCCACCAAAAAACAAUUUCACCAAAAAAAGCAACAACAUAAAUCCAUGCUCUCAGUAGUUGCUAGUCUUCACUUUCAUUCAUUGUAUCUAAAUAAGAAUGGACAGGACAAAUCAUGGCAUAUUUGUAUUGGUUUGAAGCAUGUAAUGUCAUAUAAAAACUUAGAGUGUGUGUCUGUGUAUGGAAUAUAUGAAUUCAUAUAUUCAUAUAGAAUGAAUGUUAGAUCAUGGUUUUGUUUAUUUGCAUGAACACAAGUAUUUCCUGAACAUUUUAUCUGGAAUGAAGGAAUGCUGCAAACAAACUGAUUUGGAAGGUUUCUAGUUUAGAAAUUACCAGGCAAACACUUGGGGGAGUUCCGAGAAUGCGAACAGAGAGAAUGACGAGUGUGUUUGCAGGAGAGUUUUGUUGCAGUGACUUUGUGGGCUGGCCUGAUGCUAUGGGCCCACAUCAAAAUCGCUUAAGGAUAAUUGUGGACAGUGUGGGCCCAUGCAAUUUAGUUUUAGUGAUAUAAUACAUUUAUUAUUUUUAGGAAGCUUGUGAAAUAUAUACAACUUAUUAUUUUGAUUUUA